UUGGUCUCAAGGACUUUCUGCUGGUGCUGGCUUUGACUGCCACUUCCAAUUUAGUUGUCUAGUGCUCAAUGAGCUGAGGAGUGGCAGAUGAGGUGCUAUCUUUUUGAAAGGCAAAUCAGGCUGGAGAGAGGACUUGAAUUGUGGAGCCGCUGGAAGGUCAUUCUGCAGCGAGAGUCUUGUGUGUGCGCGGCACCUGGACAUGCUGCUGGAGACCGGCCGAUCAGUGGGAGAAAAACAAUGUUUGCGAGCGACAGCUUUCUGUCCUGGAAAUGCCUCCCUCGAUUAGGUUUACGAUUAAAACCUUACACCCGGAGCAUUUAUCUCUGCAUCUUUUAAAUCUGUUAGUUCGUGUUGCUUUGUUCAGUUGAAACAUCAAAAAUAUAUUUUGUUUUGCAAUUUUUUUCUUAUUUUCAAAAAUAGGAACUUUUUUCUUUAAAAUUGGGGGUUGCACAGCUUUAAGAAGAUUCAGUCAUCCGCGACAACAGAUUUCAAGGGUGAACGGUCAGAAUCAGUUGAGCAUUUGAUGGGACUUAAUUGAACGCAGAGCGGCGCUUUGGCUUCACUGGUACAGUAGAUAAAAUUGCUGUUGAUUAGCAAAUAUACUGGGUAUACCUACCGCAAGUCGGAGAUUUCCCCAGGAGAGGGCUUAAAACAAGCCCAGAGAGACUUCGGUACUCAUCCACGACCCUCUUCCUCUGAGAGACAAUGUAUUCAGAUCCCUCGGGGAGAGAUCUGUUGGGAAACAGAACUCUGUUUUUCAUCUUUAUUUGUUCUUUUGCAAUAGUCACUUUGCUGCAGCAGAUUCUCUACGGCAAGAACUACAUUAAAAGGUAUUUUGAGUUGCGUGAAGCUUCAUUCGAAUACAACUCCUCAACAUGCUGGAAGCUACGGAAUGAGAUCACGGAGGUGAAGAUACUUUCUAUGGUGAAACAGUCUGAACUGUUUGACAGAUGGAAGACCCUGCAGCUGUGUAAUUGGGAAAUGAAUGAGACUGCAGCCAAUAUUUUCAGAUCUCAUUUGACUCGAUGCUGCAAUGCGCCAGUGUUUCUAUUUACGACACAGAAGAACACCCCCAAGGGCAUUAAACUGAAGUAUGAAGUAGACAGCAGUGGCUUCCUCUUCAUCGAUGCUGAAGUUUUCCAGUUGUUUCCGAAGGAAAUGCCAUUUACGCGCUCCCAGUUUAAGAAAUGUGCAGUGAUUGGGAAUGGAGGAAUCCUGAAGAACAGUAGGUGUGGGAAUGAGAUUGACUCUGCAGACUUUGUGUUCAGAUGUAAUUUGCCACCAAUUUCUGAAAAGUAUGCCACAGAUGUUGGACUGAAGACUGAUAUUGUGACAAUAAAUCCAAGUAUUGUAACUGAGAGAUUCCAAAAACUGGAGAAGUGGAGACGACCAUUUUAUGAAGUCCUACGAGCCUAUGAAAAUGCAUCUGUGGUUAUGCCAGCUUUCUACAAUACCCGCAACACAGAUGUUUCAUUCAGGGUCAAGUACGUCCUGGAUGAUUUUGAGUCUCAACAAUCCAUGUUCUACUUCCAUCCGCGAUAUAUUGAGAACGUCUCCCGUUUCUGGAUGAGACAGGGGCUCAGAGCCAAACGACUGAGCAGUGGCUUAAUGUUAGUGACAGCUGCCAUGGAGCUGUGUGAAGAGGUCCAUCUUUAUGGGUUUUGGGCAUUUUCAAUGGACCCCUCGGGUUUCUACAUCACCCACCAUUACUACGACAAUGUCAAACCUCGGCCUGGUUUCCACAAGAUGACUACUGAGAUCUUCAACUUUCUGCACAUGCAUAGUAAGGGGAUUCUCCAGGUCCACACUGGGACUUGUAGCUGAAAUUCAACAUCCUUCUAUGACUUGGGUGGACCUACCUAUAAAUUCGUAUCAACUAUAUUGAAUUUCACGUAGUACACUUUGAUUUUCACGGAAUGGAUCAUCCUUUAACAUUACUCAUUAGAUAAAUUUACAAUAAAUCGGCUAGGGAUGCUUUCACUGUGAUUAGCCAUUCAAAAGUGGAACAUGGGUGUGUAGUU